AUGAAGUCCUCCGCUUCUCUUGAUCACUUUGAGGUGUCCAACUGCUCCAAUCUCAACUCAUUUCUAGGAGAUUUAGAGCUAACACCUUCUCUCUCGUAUUUGUGGCUGUCCCACUGUGUGCAACUCACCAAUAUGCCAAACGGGAUUUGCUGUCUUACAAGCUUGAGGCAUUUGACAAUAGGUGCUUUCUCGGAUACCAUGGAGUUUAGUUCAUUCAGAGACGCCUUCAGUGGUUUCAAACAUCUAUCCUCUUCCCUUCUCAGAUUACAUUUGUAUGGGCAGCCUCACUGGGAAUCUCUGCCUGACCAACUUCAGCACCUCUCUGCACUAGAAGAACUCAAGUUGUAUGAUUUUGGAGUAAAAUUUUUGCCUGAUUGGUUUGGGAAGCUCUUGUCUCUUGAAAAACUACAUCUGCGUGCAUGCUCAAUCCUACAGCAUUUUCCUCCUCAGAUAGAGAUGAGAAGACUCACCAAACUAAGCGAAUUGUAUAUUAUAGACUGCCCCUUGUUAACGCAGAGAUGCUAUCCACGGAGUGACUCCAACCCAGAGUGGUGCAAGAUUUCUCACAUUUCAGGAAUAUUGAUUCCAGGAUUCCGAACUGAUGGCAAAUAUUCUUGA